AUGAGGUUCUCCGCUAUCACACUUUUGGCUCUUGGAGCUACCACCACUGCUUACGUGGUUCCCAACAACAAGGUUGUCGACAAUGCCGUCAAGGCACGCAUGCAAGGAAGCGGUCCUAUCAAUGUUGCCAACCUUGUUUCUGCCCUCGCAGGCCGUUCAAUAGAGGCACGCCACCACGCCGGCAAGGCCAACAAGGGUGGCAAGAAGGCCCAGCGUGACGCUGAGGCUCAAGAGUUUGCUACCCAGGAAGAAGAGGAUGCUCACUUUGCCGACCUCCACACUCGUGCUCCUCACCACGCUGGCAAGGCCAAGGGUGGCAAGAAUGGCGGAGCCAAGGCACAGCGCUCUGCUGAGCAGAAGGACAAGAAUGGCAACCUCAUCCUGACCAUCGACCGCCGCCAGCCCCACCACGCCGGCAAGGCUAAAAAGGGUGGCAAGAAGGCCCAGCGUAACGCUGAGGCUCAAGAAUUCGCUACACAAGAAGAGGAGGACGCUCACUUCGCCGACCUCCACACACGUGAUCCUCACCAUGCCGGCAAGGCCAAAAAGGGCGGCAAGAAGGCCCAGCGUGAUGCUGAGGCUCAGGAGUUCGCUACACAGGAAGAGGAGGAUGCUCACUUCGCCGACCUACACCAGCGGGAUGAGGAGUUCGCUACUCAAGCCGAAGAGGACGCCCACUUCGCUGACCUUCACACACGUGAUCCUCACCAUGCCGGCAAGGCCAACAAGGGUGGCAAGAAGGCUCAGCGUGACGCUGAGGCUCAAGAGUUUGCCACUCAGGAAGAGGAGGACGCACACUUUGCAGACCUUCACCAGCGUGAUCCGCACCACGCCGGAAAGGCCAACAAGGGCGGCAAGAAGGCACAGCGUGAUGUUGAGGAAGACGAGACUGACGACCUUGAGACCCGCGCUCCUCACCACGCUGGAAAGGCCAAGAAGGGUGGUAAGAAGGCCCAGCGCGACGUUGACAUCGAGGCCCGCACUCCUCACCACGCCGGCAAGGCCAACAAAGCCGGCAAGAACGGCGGAGCCAAGGCACAGCGCGAUAUCGAGUCUGAGAUCGAGACCCGCGAACCCCACCACGCUGGAAAGGCUAAGAAGGGUGGCAAGAAGGCACAGCGCGACGCUGACAUCGAGACCCGCACUCCUCACCAUGCCGGCAAGGCCAACAAGGGAGGUAAGAAGGCCAAUGCUUAG